UCUAGGCGGCCGGAGGCUAGAUGCAUGAUCCGUCUGUUGUCGCGUCGCGAUCCCAGGACGACUCGACCUCGGCCUCCGGUAUUGUGAAGCCGUGUGAAGUGACACCACCAUCUCAGGAAGAUGCGUAAAGCAAGGAGAUGUGCGUGGAUGCUGGUGGGGUUUUCUCUCAUAAGUGGUGCCUAUUUCCUUUUUAUUAUCCAUGAGGAACAUUAUGAAUGGAUGGAUACAAGGACAGGUACUAGGAUCAGACAGGCUCUUUCUCACAGUCAACAUAUCUUGACCAACACCAAAGAGUAUUAUCACAACUGCCCUGAGGAUCCUGAAUUUUUAGCUUCAAUCAACAACACAGCUUAUGGAAAUAUAGUGGAGAAAAAGACCAGCAAUGUUGUAUACAUUAGUGUCCCAAAGUGUGGGAGUAGAACGUUUGUAUGGAUAUCUUGGAUCUUAAAGGACAUAAACAACAUCAGUGCCAUCAGUGACUUACCUUACCUUCUUGAGAAUAGUGAAGAGAACAAGAUGAUUAAUCUUAUGACUGAAAAGCUGCAUUCGGUGCCUGAAGGUGCAUUGUUUCAUGGACAUGUACGUUUCAUAGACUUCACAGACCCAGCGGUGAUGCCUAUCUAUGUGAGCAUGCUUCGAGACCCACUAGCCCGCCACAUAUCCUGGUACUAUUUCAUGCGAUUUGGCGACAGUGAUAUGGAUGCAAAUAAACUUCAUGAGAUGAUUGCCAAUGAGGGUGUUGCAGCAGUUAAUGAGACCUAUGACGAUUGUGUUGAGAAUGGCCGAUCAAGCUGCACUUCAUUGUACUAUGUUAACAUCAAUAUCAGGACCUUCUGUGGCUAUGAGAGAAAAUGCAUAUCCUCACCAGAGUAUGCCUUAGAACAAGCAAAGCGUAACCUUGACAAAUUCCUGGUCGUUGGUAUCGUUGAGGAGUAUGAAAGCUCACUUCGUGUCUUAGAACGUCUGCUGCCCUCAAUGUUCAAAGGUGCCAUGCAUGAGUACCAGUCAAACAAAGCACAGUUUUCUUCAGUGUCUAAGACAGCUUUUAAGAAGAUGCCCACUACCAAAACAGUGGAGAUCAUGAAAGAUAGGAUGAAACUGGACUAUGAGUUCUAUGAUUAUGUCAAGGAGAGGUUUCACCGAUUGAAGCGCCAUCUAGGGAUGGAUCGAUGCGAGUCUGUGUAGCAGCCAUGAAAUUUGUUUGUUUUUUUCCUCGGCUGAAAAUGAUGUAUGUGGCAUGGAGAAAGAGAUAACAGUAUUUCAACUGAAGUAUUUCCUGAAAAAGGACAGUCAACUGCCCGAAAUGUUGAGUGACCUCUCUUCACUUCAUCCGGCUACUACUCAGACCAUCGCUACUCAAGCCAUAUUCAGCUCAUCUCAUCUGGUUUACAGUCAUAUUCAGGACUUCACUCACUUAUAAGAAAAGAAUACCUCUAAUUUCCUCUUUUCACCCUUUCUCGUCUUUCCAUUUCAAUUUUUCUGCCUGUAUUUCUUUCCCUUCUUCAUAUUACACAUGAUGAACCGUAAAACCUCCACAAUAUAUGAAAAUAUGUGUUGUUUACUGCUGUAAAGACUGCAGUGUGAUAAUCACUUUAUCCAGCAUUCUAUGAAGGAAAUUAAAGUGAAGUGUCACCAUGACUUCAAAUUGAUUUAUUACAAACAGAAAAUUU